UCAGGCACCGAUGCAUCCGCGAGGUGAUGAGAUAACUUCCUACGAAGCCGAACAGAACACGGACAGUAUCGUGAGUGCGUGGCUAACGUCCGGUGCCCCAGCAGCAAAGCUUCUGCUCGGUGUUACGGCCAACGUUAACACGAUCAAACUGCUUUCGGCAUCGGAGAAUGGAGUUGGUGCGCGUACAGCAGGACGGGGCAAGGGUGGUCCUUAUACCCUCACCGAAGGUCUCCUAUCCUACCUGGAGUUGUGUGAAGCGAAAGCAAAGGAUGGCUGGGUCCCAAUACUCGAUCGCACACAGAUGGCGUACUAUGUGAUCGCCGGUGAUCAGUGGAUGACGUACGAUGAUCCACGCAUCAUGGAACAGAAAGCAUCGUACAUUGUGUCGCGUGGACUGGGAGGAAUGGCGCUGUUUAACGCUGAGAACGAUGAUGUACGGAAUAACUGUCGUGGUGGUAGCUAUCCGCUUCUGCGCAGCAUUAAUCAAGGUCUCAGCAGAAAAAUUGAAGGUGAUGAGGCGCUGAGUACAAGCACCACAACCACCACAACCACCACCACCACGCCGAGACCAGUGACAACUCCGACUACGAGAGUCACUACCACGACUACGCGAAUGACGAUCCCGAUUACGACAACGAAAGCACCAACAACCACCGCCGUGACGUUUCCGCAAUUCUGUCCAGACAAUGGCUACUACGUCGAUCCGUCCAACUGUGGCGUCUACUAUCGUUGCAUUCCCAAGGGCGUCUUCGUGAGUGUCUGGAAGUACACCUGCUCCCAAGGACUCUACUUCAACACGAUCAAGCUACUCUGCGACAAUCCGGCGAAUGUCCGGUGCUAAACGCUGAUAACAGAAUGUUACUAUUUGAGAUUUGGGUUCCGCGCUCCAGGUACCCCUUAAAACCUCACUCAUACUCCCUUCCUUCCUUCCUUUCCUCUUC